GCCGAGGUUACUCGCGGCAUGUCGGUCAUCUUCGCCCCUGACUGGCUUCGCGGCAAGGCCAAGGUCAACCAGGAGACCAUCCAGCGGCUCCUGGAGGAGAACGACCAGCUGAUCCGCUGUAUCGUGGAGUACCAGAACAAGGGCCGAGCGAACGAGUGCGUCCAGUACCAGCAUGUCUUGCAUAGAAAUCUCAUUUACUUAGCUACCAUCGCAGAUGCCAACACAAGCAGCCUGACAAAGUCGGCGGAAUAGUCUUCCAGGAGGAGUGACUGAGUGGAGCUCAUCUCCUGUAAAAUAGAGACAGAAUUGCCAGUGACUCAACAACUUAGAGCAUGGGCGAGUGAAGUCUGUGCUUCCUAGACUUCGAGGAGAGUUGCUACCAACUCUACUGUAUUCUUAGUGUAAAUAUUUUAGUAAUAAAGCAGACCCCACAGUGAAACUGAA